AUGCUGGCACCUAAGAAAAUGGUCAGAGGCAAUUACUCCAUGGUGACUGAAUUUAUUCUCUUGGGAUUAACAGAUCGUCCAGAGCUGCAGCCUUUGCUUUUUGUGCUCUUCCUGGUGAUCUAUCUGAUCACUGUGGGAGGGAAUCUUGGCAUGAUGGUGUUGAUCAGGAUAGAUUCACGCCUGCAUACCCCUAUGUACUUCUUUCUUGCCAGUUUGUCAUGUUUGGAUUUGUGCUAUUCUACCAAUGUGACUCCCAAGAUGCUGGUGAACUUUUUAUCAGAGAAGAAAUCAAUUUCAUAUGCUGCUUGUUUAGUCCAGUGUUACUUUUUCAUUGCUAUGGUGAUUACUGAAUAUUAUAUGCUAGCCGUGAUGGCCUAUGACAGAUACAUGGCCAUCUGUAACCCUUUGCUUUACAGCAGCAAGAUGUCCAAAGGGGCAUGUGUGCGUCUGAUUGCUGGUCCCUAUAUCUAUGGCUUCCUUAGUGGCCUGAUGGAAACCAUGUGGACAUAUCGCUUGACCUUCUGUGGCUCCAAUAUCAUCAACCACUUCUACUGUGCUGACCCUCCUCUCAUCAGACUCUCCUGCUCUGACACAUUCAUUAAGGAAACAUCAAUGUUUGUGGUAGCAGGGUUCAAUCUUUCCAAUUCCCUGCUCAUAAUCCUCAUUUCCUACCUGUUCAUUCUCAUUGCCAUCUUGAGGAUGCGUUCUGCUGAAGGUAGGCGCAAAGCCUUUUCCACCUGUGGGUCUCAUCUGGUAGCAGUGACUGUGUUUUAUGGGACUCUAUUCGGCAUGUAUUUUAGACCUUUCAAUGAAAGAAUCAUUAGCAAAACUGAGAUAGUAUCUGUUUUAUGUGUUUUUAAUGAAUUAUUUUGUUUAUUUACCUCCUUAGUACCAACCUCACGGAGUUUUUCCCUGUUGGAGUAA